CUCUGGAUGAUUUCCUUGAGAGAAUCAUGCAGAAAUCCCUCGAGAGUAAAAAUGGCCACCUGGACCUGUUUGUUCGCUUCCUUCAUGGCCUCUGUCUGGAGUCCAACCAGAGACUCUUAGUAGGUCUGCUGGGUCAGACAGAGAUCAGUCCAGAAACCAUCCAGAAAGUCACCAAGAACCUGAGGAAAGUGAACAGUGAUAAAAUCUCUCCUGACAGAAGCAUCAACAUCUUCCACUGUCUGAUGGAGAUGAACGACCUCUCAUUAUUUCAGGAGAUCCAAGAGUUCCUGAAGUCUGAGAACAGAUCAGAGGAGGAACUCUCUGAGAUCCAGUGCUCAGCUCUGGCCUUCAUGCUGCAGAUGUCAGAGGAGGUUCUGGAUGAGUUUGACCUGCAGAAGUACAACACAUCAGAGCGGGGACGACAGAGACUGAUUCCAGCUGUGAGGAACUGCAGAAAGGCUCGAUUAAAGCCAAACAAAGAUUCUCAUUAAAAGUCUGCAGGUC